GUCAUCAAGUUAACGUGAAGCGACGACCUCAAUGGGGGAGAACAAAGGGAACAAGGCGGCGCAGCGGGAAAAGCUGCUGGCGUCCAAGCGAGCAUGGGCGAAGGAGCACUACGAGCAGAACCGGGAGCGCAUCCUGGCAGUGAACAAGAAGUGGGCGCUAAAGAACCGCGCCAAGAUCCGCGAGUCCAAGCGGCGGUACCGCGAACGCAACCGCGCAAAACACAGGAAUCAAAUCCAGGCGUACUACCGCAAUUGGAAACGGCGGAGAGACGAGCGUAGGGAGAAUGGCGAGGCAAGCGCCGAAGACGAUGACCCGGAACCCCCGCAGGACCUCGACGACGACGACGACUUGGAAGGCGAAGGCUGGGAUCGAGACGUUGACUACAAAGACAUAGUAAGCAUGCUUGAUAACGAGGACCUCGUUGCCGCGACGGACCCGACUGUUGAAGAAUCCGAGCGAUAUACGCCGCGGCAGCGCUCCAUGGUGCUCGUGCGGCAGCAAAAGUUCUGGCAGCGACUCGCGGACGUCCUUCCCAUGACCACACACGAUUUGGAGCACUGGUCUGUGGAGCUUCAUGCUGGCAUUCCUUCUUCCAGCCCUCCUGUCCAUCGAGAUUACUUUGACGGGCGGCCCCAUGUCGUCACGGAAGAUGCAGCGCAAGGAGACGUCGCGUCCGAAGACGAGGAAAUGUAUGCGCGCGCGCAUGAAAUGACGAUCGUACGGCGGCGCAAGAAGAUACCAAGCACAGACGAACAGCUGGAGCAGCUCAAGCAGGACCCCAGCAUGGCCGCGGUGCUCGAAACCAUCAUCCUCAUGCGGGCGGGCAGUGGCGUCUGGCCCGACGACCUCAGGUGACCACUAGCCAUAAGUCUAGAGGCCUUGUGAAAAUAUCGAUCCAGACAGUCUUAUGGCGGCUUAUAACUGUAAGCAAGGAACACGCGACAGAGUAC